AUGGUCGUCGUUCCAGCAUGGCUUGCUGGGCCCGCGGGCAGCGAGAAGAAGCGGCGGGGCCCCUUCACGCGCACAUGCCUCUUCGUCGUGGCCGGCUUGCUGGCCAUUAUUUUCCUCGCGUAUAGCAUGGCCUAUAUUUUCUUCGAAGACCUCGUACCCAGCAUCAUCCCCACGUCCAAGCAGGGCGAUGAGACCGCCGCAAUGGUCUCGCAGGAGCCCCAACACAGUCCGCAACAAACGCCUGAACCCCAGCCAGAACCAGAACCAGAACCAGAACCAGAGCCUGAGCCCUUGGUCACCAUGGACGUCAGCCAGCCCGAGUCUGUCAACCGGCUGCACUGGGACUCGAAACUGUACAAUGACGACGAAAAGUACGGUCUCCGCCCGCAACAGACAUUCCACUCGUCCGAUAUCAAGACUCCGCUCUUCCAGGUCAACACCUUCAAGCCCCACGCGGUGGAUGGCAACCCGUACAUUUUCAUGACCCCGUCCGUCAAGGACCAGUCGUCGGGCGUCCAGAUCUUCUCGCGAAGGGACCUCUCACUGGUGUACGCGCAGUACGGGUGGAAGUCGACCAACAACUUCAGACCGCAGGAGUUCAACGGCAAGCAGUACCUCUCCUUCUGGCAGGGCCAGCCAGCUACGGGCCACGGCCUUGGCCAGGGCAUCCUCCUGGACGAGCACUACGACGUUGCCUACAACAUCUCCAUCAACGCCUUCAGCUCACGCGCCGACUCGCACGAGUUUCAGCUGACCCACGAUGGCGGCGCCAUGUUCUCCGUCUACGAGACCGUCCGCAACUGGGACAUGCGUCCGGUAGGGGGGCCUGAGGACGGUGUCCUCCAAGACUCGGCGUUUGAGGAGGUCGACGUCGUCACCGGCGAGACGCGGUUCGCGUGGCGCGCCUCGGACUGGUUCUCGAUCGAGGACACGACGGUGGGCUACAACGACGUGGAGGACUACGGCCACCCCACGCACGGCGACGGCUGGGACUUUUUCCACAUCAACAGCCUCGAGAAGACGCGCGACGGUAACUACCUGGUCAGCGGACGCCGGUGCAAGGUCCUGACGCUCAUCAACGGCACCUCGGGCGCGCCCAUCUGGAUCAUUGGCGGCAAGAGGAACCAGUACGCCGACCUCUCCGACGGCAUGGCCACCAACUUUGCCUAUCAGCACCACGCCCGCUUCGACAACGACGAAGACACCGAGAUUGUCAUGUUUGACAAUGCGCAGCUCGCCAAUACGCAGCCCAGCCCCGGAUGCCAGGCCGAGUGCUCGCGCGGCCUGCACAUCCGGAUGAAUCACGCGAACAAGACAGCCGAGGUGGUCCGCUCCUACUGGCACCCCAAGAGCGUCCAGGCGCGCGCCGAGGGCGGCGUCGACAGACAGCCCAACGGCAACCUGCUCGUCGGCUGGGGUAAGGUCCCCGGUUUCACCGAAUUCUCCCGCGAGGGCGAAAUCCUCCUGGACGUGCAGACUGGACCGUGGACGGCUGACGGCGACGCACACGUCUACCGCAUCUUCAGCCGCGAUUGGGAGGCGUAUCCGCCCUGGGAUCCCGACGUGGCUCUUUUUGAGAGCAACCUGUACGUCAGCUGGAACGGUGCCACCGAGUUGGCGUACUGGGCUAUGUACACUGGCGAGACUCGCGAGGAUCUAAAGGUCGCAAAGAUCGUCUACCGCGGCGGAUUCGAGACAAAGUUCUCGAUACCCGCCGAGGCCAAGUACGCUCGUUUCGCAGGCCUCGACGCCGAGGGCAAGCUGCUGGGCAGCUCUGACAUUAUCGACACGCAAUCAGGUGAACGGGCGAAAGCCCAGGGGCCUGCUGAGAUUACCUUUACGUUAAAUCCCCACACGCUUGUGGGAUGA